AUGGCAAAAUGGAAGCGCCCCUCCGGGCCACCCAUGGUGAUGGGGCUGGAGUCCAGCAGCGACUCCUCAGCCGGCAGUCCUGGGAGAACUGGCCAGAGGCAUUCCAGUGCCCAGGGCCUCCUGGGGCAGGACUUUCCGAGGAGGAGGUGCAGCGGGAGCCCUUGGGCUGGGGUUUCUGGACCCUUUAAGCAGGAAGAGGCACGUGCGUUGGGGGCAGGUGAGAGAAGGCACACUGUCCGAAGGCUCGACCUUGGAGCAAGAGGGGACGGGAACCGGGCGGAGCCUGCGCGGACGGCCGGUCGGGGCGGGGGCCGGGAGGCGAGGAGGAGCGCGCGGCGGGGACGAUCGGGGGCAAGGGGCGCUGUGGGCAGGGGGCCCUCCACACCGCCCUCCCUGGCCGACCCUGCGGCACUCCUGCUGAUGUCACCAAACAGCAGAGUCCCCGGCCCGGGGCCCACCUCUCUCCACAUCCUUGAACUUGAUGGUUCUGCGCCGGGGCAGCCGGGGGCCGGUGGCCACCUCAGCCAGAAGCGCGGGGCCACAGAAGUUCAGGCUGCUGCCCCGGUUCCUGAGCACCAGCUUCAGCUCCUGGUUCUCCUGGAUGAGCUGCACCAGCCGCCGCAACUCCUCGUUCUCCUGUGCCAGCCGUUGGAUCUCCUGCCGCAGGCCCUCGUAGCUGCUGAGGAGGGACAUGCCCGGCAGCGGCCUGCUCACUGCAGUUUCCACUUGUUAGCCAGUAGGGCAGAGGAACCUGGGAAAGAUGAGAUAAGAAGACAAGGCCUUCCCCUCAACACCCAGCCAUGGGUGCGGGGGUCACUCUGGGCAGGGCAGGCUCCCACUGGCCGAGGGUGAGAUGCCAGGCAGAAGGACUAGCAGCUCCACAGCACGGCGGAGCAGGCAGACUCUCCUGGACACCGAGCGUGGAGUCGAGGAGGACAGUGGAGGUCUCAGUGAGGAGAAGUUAUCUAAGAGUUCAGACACGUUACCAGAAACGUGAAGGCUUAAAACAGCAGCUCUUCCAGCCCUAAAGGCCAGAAGUACAAACUGAGUCCUAUGGGCUAAAAGAACAGACAGUUCCUUCCGGAGGGUCCUGGGGAGUUUGUUCCUUGCUGUGGCCAGUGGCCAGCACUCCCUGGCUUGAGGCCGCCUCACUCCACAACUCUGCCGCCAAGGUCACCUCUCCUGCUCUUCUGCACCCAAAUACCCCUUUGCUGCUACCUUGAAAGGACCCUCAUGUUUCCAUAGGGGCCCCCUGGAUACUCCAGCACAUGCGCUCCUUCUCAAGACCCUUAGCUUAAUCAUAUCUGCAGAGUUCCUUCUGCCACAGAAGGUGACAUUCAUGCUCUCCAGGAAUCAGGACCCAGCUAUCUCUGGGGGUAUUUUUCAGCCUAUUAUGCCAGCUGAACGUGGGGCAGACUUGAAAGUGUUCCCCAGGUGCACCCUGAUUCAUCAGCAAAGGACAGCUCACCACUGGCUCAGGAGCUGAAGCACAACCUUUGCCCAGUUGGUGGCUGAACGCUCCGCUGACUCAGAUUUGACUUCUCAGCAGCCGGGCUUGAGUGUAAGAAGGGGGAGGUGGGGGGCUGAGUAGUGAGGUCAGAAGUUGCGCACCAUGGAGGAACAGACUCCACAGAACCGCUCCCAACGAGCCCCAGAACUAAUGAACUAAUAGCAACAGCAACAAGGGCAAGUAGGAGCCCGCUGGUCACAGCCCAGAGUUUCUGAAACACAUCAAUAACUCUGCCAACUGGCCGCUGACCCCUCUUAGGAUGGGCCACCACUGAGAUGCAUCCGUGCUGUCCAGGGGAUCUGGGGCAAGGGCCAGAUUCACUGUGAAGUCACGAGGCUCAGGAUCCCUCCAGGUCAGGGCCUCAGCAGAGUGUUCACAGGAUUGCACACUGUAAAAUUUCCAAAAGCAUGUCAUCACAGUGAGGUUAAUUCUGUCUCUUCCCACUGCACCCGGCAUUGUGUCAUUUCUUCCCCUGCUGUUGGGGACAGGUGGGGGCAUGGUGGGCUCUGCUCAGGCAGGCUAAGGUGGGAGCAGCCGCUCCCUUGUGUCGUUAGGGAUCGCUGUUGUUAUGGUACAGAAGUGGCUCCCAGGAACACAGCCGCCCCUCUGAGCUGUGCAUCACCAACAUCGGGCUAAUGGAGUUGGCUAAUGUCUUCAACUCAAAAAACAUCUAAAAUGUGGUAAACAGGCCAUAAGGCCCUGAAAUCUUAGGGCUCAUAUGUAAAAGAAAUCUGAUAGAGGUUUUCUCAAAUUUAACAAUUCUGAGAAUGUACACAAUGUUGAUAAAGGUAAUAUUAGAUAAUAUUAGAUAAAGCUACCAUCUGGUAGCUCAGAUGGUAAAGAAUCUGCCUGCAACGCAGGAGACCAGGAUUCGAUCCUUGGGUCGGGAAGAUCCCUUGGAGAAGGGAAAGGCUACUCACUCCAGUAUUCUAGCCUGGAGAAUUCC